AUGUGUCACGGGAAUGGGAUCAAGUUUGAACACUUUUCCUCUGGUUUCACUGACGCUGUGAGAAGGAACCAAAAUGCCAGUAAACGGACAGGUGAUGGUGGAUGCCUGCACGGGGCCUCGCACCACGGCACUAAAACACAACAUUCAUCGCACGGACUCCGAAGAAGAAGGCGCAAAAGCUCCGCGACCGCAACCCCGCAGAAGCCACGCUUUGUGACACCGAAGGGUAUGAUGGGUGUAGUGGGCUGGAUGUUGCUCCUACUCUCCCAGAUCAUGGUGCCUGUGGCGUCCCAGAAGCCUCCAGGGCUCAGUGUGGGUGUUAUCAUGGGCCAGACGCGCCCUGUUUCUGAUCAGGAGCUACGCCCACCUCGGCGCCCUGACAGUGCCCUCGACGUCUCCGUGGUAAUACUGAGGAUCAACCAGACAGACCCCAAGUCUGUGAUCACACAGGUGUGUGAACUUGUGUCCCGCACUCGUCUCCAUGGCAUUGUGUUUGCUGAUGGCACCGAUCAGGAGGCCAUUGCCCAGAUCCUUGACUUCCUCUCUGUUCAGACACAACUUCCAGUCCUGGGAGUCCAUGGAGGCUCCUCUAUGAUUAUGGCUGACAAGGAUGAAAAGUCCACGUUCUUCCAGUUCGGCGCAGCUCUGCAGCAGGAGGCUCUGCUCAUGCUCGCCAUCAUGGAGGAGUAUGACUGGCAUGUUUUUUCUAUCGUCACUUCCAAGUUCCCGGGGUACCAGGACUUCAUCAGCACACUGAGGGUAACUGUGGAUCACAGCUUUGUGCGCUGGGACCUGCAGAGCGUGGUGACUCUAGAUGCUGUAGAUGGUGGCGACCCAAACUCUAAAUCACACAUUGCCCUCAAGAGGAUCCAGAGUCCUGUUAUACUGCUCUACUGCUCCAAGGAUGAAGCUUUCUAUAUACUAGAAGAAGCGCGGUCCUUGGGCCUGAUAGGAGCUGGUUACAUCUGGAUCGUGUCCAGUCUCACCACUGGCAACCCAGACUUUACCCCUGAGAUGUUUCCCUUGGGUAUGAUCUCCGUGUCCUACGAUGACUGGGAGUACCCGCUGGAGACGCGGGUACGGGAUGGAGUGGGCAUCAUUUCUACUGCAGCCACCUCCAUGCUGCGGGAGAAGGGGGAGCUGCCAGAGGCCCAGAGCAGCUGCUACAGCACAGCAUCAGACAGGAGCCCAGGGAAGCUCCCACCUAGUGCCCUACGCAGACACAUGAUGCACGUGUGGAAUGAGGGCAGAGACUUAUCCUUUACUCCAGAUGGUUACCAGGCCAACCCCAAAUUGGUUGUCAUCGUCCUGAAUAGUGAAAGGAAGUGGGAGAAGAUGGGCCGCUGGGAGAACGGGACUUUGUCGUUGAUGUUCCCCGUGUGGCCGAGAUACAACUCCUACGGGGACGAGGACGCUGAUGAAAACCAUCUCUCGAUUGUCACUUUGGAGGAGAAACCUUUUGUCAUUGUCGACAACGUGGAUAUCCUCACAGGCACCUGCAUGAGAAACUCUGUGCCCUGCCGCAAACACGUCAAAGAUAAUAGCACAUCAGGAGGUUCCUACAUAAAGCAGUGCUGCAAGGGUUUCUGCAUUGACAUCCUGAAGAAGAUUGCCAGGAAUGUCAAGUUUACUUACGACCUCUACCUGGUCACUAAUGGGAAGCACGGCAAGAAGAUCAACAAUGUGUGGAACGGCAUGGUCGGAGAGGUGGUGUAUAAAAAAGCAGUGAUGGCAGUAGGUUCGCUGACCAUCAACGAGGAGAGGUCAGAGGCCAUUGACUUCUCCGUGCCCUUUGUGGAGACUGGCAUCAGCGUCAUGGUCUCACGUAGCAAUGGGACUGUCUCUCCUUCUGCCUUCCUUGAGCCCUUCAGUGCAUCAGUUUGGGUGAUGAUGUUUGUGAUGCUGCUCAUUGUCACAGCCAUCGCUGUCUUCCUCUUUGAGUUUGUCAGCCCGCUGGGCUUCAACCGCAACUUGGCCCAAGGCAAAGACCCACAUGGCCCAUCCUUCACCAUUGGUAAGGCCAUAUGGCUGCUGUGGGGUCUGGUCUUCAACAACUCUGUCCCGGUGCAGAACCCAAAGGGCACCACCAGUAAGUUCAUCGUAUCGGUGUGGGCCUUCUUCGCCGUGAUCUUCCUGGCCUCGUACACUGCCAACCUGGCUGCCUUCAUGAUCCAGGAGGAGUUUGUGGACCAAGUCACUGGAUUGUCUGACAAGAAGUUCCAGAGUCCAUACUCGUACUCCCCUCCAUUUCGCUUUGGGACGGUUCCCAACGGCAGCACAGAGCGUAACAUCAGGAAGAACUAUCCAGAUAUGCAUCAGUACAUGACCAAAUACCAUCAGACUGGAGUCCAGGAUGCGUUGGUCAGCCUCAAGACUGGAAAGCUGGAUGCUUUCAUCUACGACGCUGCCGUGUUGAACUACAUGGCGGGCAGAGAUGACGGCUGUAAGCUGGUUACCAUCGGCAGCGGUUACAUCUUUGCCACCACUGGUUAUGGCAUCGCCCUGCAGAAAGGCUCCUACUGGAAACGCCUCGUCGAUCUGGCAAUACUGGGCAUCAUAGGAGAUGGUGAAAUGGAGGAGCUGGAAGCCCAGUGGCUCACUGGGAUAUGCCACAAUGAGAAGAACGAGGUGAUGUCCAGCCAGCUGGAUGUGGACAACAUGGCAGGGGUUUUCUACAUGCUUGCCACGGCCAUGGGUCUCUCCAUCCUCACCUUCAUAUCUGAGCACCUUUUCUACUGGAGGCUGAGAUACUGCUUCACUGGUGUCUGCACUGGGAGGCCGGGUCUGCUCUUCACUAUCAGCAGGGGUAUCUGGAGCUGUAUCCAUGGCGUUCAUAUAGACAUGAAGAAGAAGUCUCCUGAGCUGGACUUCAGUCCUCAAGCCAACAUGCUGCACCUGCUCAAGUCUGCCAAGUCCAUGGCUUUGUCUUCUCCCAAACGCAACACAGUCCUCUUGCAGCCUAGCAUCCUAGAUAUGAUGUCAGGGAAAGGUAACUCACUCCAUAGUCUGCCUACGAAGGGUCCUGGUCUCUAUAGCAACGCCGCUGGUCCACAGGGUUUCCUGUCAUUGUCCGGGCGACACAAAAACCUCCUUAAUAAUGCUGCGCCAUUUCCUGGGCAACCAAAGGCCCCCCCUAUCCAGACCAGCCCAAACAAGCCCCAGCUGUCAAUCAACAAUGAUAACGGCAAGGCCCGCCUUCCCGGGCCGGCCUGCCCUGCGUCCAAACCUCGAGCACUUUGGAAGAAAAGCGUGGAGACACUGAAGACCCAGCCAACUGGCGGAUCUCCAGGACACGGCCCGAGCCCCACCCCGGCGUCUGGACCUGGACCUCCACAAAUGAAGAGCCAGCGCUACCUUCCUGAAGAGCCGCCGCACUCUGACAUCUCCGAGUGCUCCAGCCGGCCGCCGUCACACAAAGAUUCUGACUCCAUGGCGGCAAGGGGCGGAUUCAAACCGAUCAAUCAGCUGAGGAAGAGGGGUGGAGGAGGAGGAGGAGGAGGAGGAGGAGGCGGAAGUGGGGGCGGAGGAUCCAAGAUCUACUCCAUUGACUCAGACCAGGCCAGUCUCCAUUCUGCUCCUGCCUACCAGCGGGACAGCCAAGGGGGAGGUGAUGACCACAGUUACCCCCCUGACCUGUUUCCACCUGAAAGCACAUACUCACACCAGGCAGACGCACCCAUUUUACAGCUGAGUGCCAGCCUGCUGCACCACAGUCACAGCGCUGAGGCAGACCUGCACUCCCUGAAAGACAAGAAAUACAGCACCUACACACACAGCAGUGUGAAGGAGAAGGCUGGAGGUUCAUUCGAUGCUCCAGCUGCAGGCUCGGGGACACAGAGCGCCAGGCCCGGCCACUGUCGCUCCUGCCUCACCAAGCUGAGCGGUUACUCUGGCCUUUACACGGUCCGCUCGCCGCAGGCUCGCUGUGAUGCCUGCGCCCACCUGGGAAACCUGUACGACAUCAGCGAAGACCACCUGCACUCGCACUACUCCCACACGCACACUCACCCACACAGUGGGGACAUGUUUACACACUACCUUCCCCAGAAUGAGCUGAGUCUGGUGGGCGAAGGGGAUGGGCUGGUCAGCCAUUUUGAGCCCUCCCCUUCCUCCCCAUCUCCUCUUCCCACCUCCUCGUCGGCCCAGCACCUCCAGCUGAGUCGCCAGCCCUCCUAUGAGAACGUGCUUCCGGACGGAGUUCCUGAGCGGCAGUCGCAGCUGCACACCCACCUGCGGGGGCUGAGUCUUCCUGACAGAGAUAGGGAGAGGGAGCUGACCCUGGACGAGGGGGCCUAUGCUAACGUUCUCACAAUGCGCUCUGAUCGUCCGUUCAGCAGCCGCAGCCCCCCCUCUCCAUCACCCUCCCACCACCACAGCCUGGAUGCCCCAAUGCCUCUCCCGCGGCGCUCAAAGAGUCUUUUCCCCGAUCGUCCCUCUCACAACCCUUUCCUCCAGUCAGCUACUGGCACAACACAACGAGACCCCGCCCCCCAGGCUGUCACACGCAUGCCGCAGAGAAAUUCUGCCCACGAGCUCUAUAAGCAGCGAAUGCCGCUGUCGCUUACCCUCGGUAACCAUGGCAGCCAUCAAUUCAACCAGCAUGGCGGCCAUGUUGACCAACAGGUGUUCUACCCUCAGCAGGAGCCCCCUGUUGUGGCCUACAUGGUCCCACCUGCUGCCUCCCAGCCUAUGAGCUAUGUGACAGCACCACGAGCCUCGAGCGCAGGCAGCAACCGGCCCCGGCUCUACCGCCGCAUGCCCAGCAUUGAGUCUGACGUCUGA